AUGGUGGACAUCCUUUUGUCGGCGCUUCCAGAAGUCCUAGUCAUAGACUACCAAAGGAAGACAGUACAUGACGCCAUGCGGUCAGAAAGUUUCGAAGCCAACCAGGAUGGACAAGGAGCAGCUCAGUCAGAAUCGACCGCAGAAACAGAGACAAAAGGACUGGAAGAGUUAAAAAGGUUGCUUAUAUACUUGCGAGUAGAAAUAGAGAGCCGAGAGCAGGUAGCAACUAAAAUUCGCCGUGACAGCUAUCCCGAUCAGCGCCCCAAAGGCAAAAGGACUGGAGGUAUGACGACCGGAGCUGUGUUGUACGCUGGACUUGGGCAGCCUGGCGAAAAAAGGAACUGCUUUUUCUGCAGUGCCGCAGAUCACAGCACCGAGGACUGCAAAGCAGACAUUACCCUAGCGGAAAGGUUCAAGAAACUGGCCAAAGAUAUGAGGUGCUAUCGUUGUACCAAGAAGUGUCAUCGGUCAAAGGACUGCCGAGUAAAAGUGGAAUGCAGUAAGUGUCGAAGACGACAUGCGGCAUCGGUUUGUGACCCGUCUAGACAACCGGUAGAAAAGGCUCUGGUCAGUGAAGUGGUUACCACGACGAGUGUCUCUACAACGAACAAUCCACAACAGUGCGAGAGAGCAAGAGUAAUGCUGCAAACGUUCCGUGCCUGGGCAUCGUCGGACACCGAAUGCGCUUACCUCAGAGGGAUAUUCGACGGAGGAAACCAGCGCACAUUUAUACGUGAUGACAUAGCCCGCAGGCUUAAGCUGCCAGUAAUUGGGCAAACAACGCUUCAGCUCAACACUUUCGCAGGCGAUGCCAGUCGAGACAAUAUUCGAAAGUGCAAAGUUGUCGAAGUUCGGCUAAGAAGUCAAUUCGCACCAAAGGAAUAUGUGGUUCGCGCAACCACCAUUGACUUCAUUUGUAAGGACCUCGAAGAAACUCCUGCCAGUAACGAAUUCGUGUCUUCUGUGCGUGUCCACGGCAACUUCAUCGCCGAUGACUUCUUAUUCCCGAGUGGGCCAACCACGGUGACCAGCUACAGUACUACAGACAGUUCAACGACAGCUGUGUGCAUACUGAAGGUUGGUGUGGUCACUUCUGAUGACGACAUUCUGAAACGUUUCUGGGAACUGGAUAAUCUAGGAAUAUCUCAGGAGCCUGACAGUAAACAGGAACACAACGCAGAGGUUCUGGAGGACUUCAUACAGAAGGUGGAAAGGAGGAACGGCCGUUAUGAGGUUGCGCUGCCAUGGAAGAUGGGCCUGAGUGCGCUAGAAGAUAACUAUGCAGUAGCUAAAGACCGACUGCGGAGGUUAAUGAAACGACUGCAACGAGACAACACCGUACUGGAGUAUGAUGAAGCUAUCCGAAGUUACAUAAAAAAUGGUCAUGCCGAAGAAGUCAAGGAGGACAACGGAUCCAGUUUGGUUUAUUACAUGCCACACCGAGCUAUCAUCCGGAACAACUCGAGUACAACAAGGGUACGAGUUGUAUUUGACGCCUCGUCACAUGCAGCAGGGGCAUUGUCUCUAAAUGAUCAUUUGGAAAAAGGGCCAAAGCUUAACACCGACUUAGUUGGAGUACUGCUACGUUUCCGGCUACACAAAGUGGCAUUGACAGCCGACAUCGAGAAAGCCUUUCUGCAGGUGGGAGUCCGGAGUCAAGACAGAGAUGCAUUGAGGUUCCUGUGGCUUUCGGAGAUUCCGACAGCAGACCAUCAGGAUCCACAGUUACAGUGCUGGAGAACGAAGAGGGUGCCAUUUGGGACGACAGCGAGCCCCUUUCUUUUAAGCGCUACCCUGCAGCAUCACUUCAAGUCGUUUCUGGACGUCGAUGGAAAGUUGGCUGAGUCGUUGCUCAAUUCCUUUUGCGUGGACGACCUGCUCACCGGAGCUCCAACCGUGGACGAGGCCCUGGAUAUAGCUUACAGAGCGCAAGAAAUAUUACUUAAGGAUGGUAUGAACUUAACAAAAUGGGCUUCAAACGCUGCCGAGAUACAACAGGCAUUGUCACCACAAGAUAUCAGCUGUGGUGUGAAGAGGAAGUCAUUUAACGAGCCCGCCCAGGGCAAGGUGCUCGGUGUUGUCUGGAAUCGAGAACUUGACACGUUCACAUUCUCUGGAGAACAUCUGUUAAGCAUCAUUAGAGACACACAACUAAGCAAGCGGUCAGUGCUACAGGCCUCAGCUAGGAUAUUUGAUCCACUCGGCUUUAUUUCACCCUACACGAUCCGGGUCAAGAUCAUUUUUCAAGAACUAUGGAAGGCUGGACUACAGUGGGACACUCCCCUACCGGCAGAUUUAGCGACCAUGUGGCGACCCUGGAUUUCAGAGCUACCAGAGCUGUGCAGUAUAUCCUUGGAGAGGUGUUUGUUACCUGUCAACGGGACAGAAUACGUCUACGAGCUGCACGUAUUCACAGAUGCAUCACCACAAGCUUACGGGGCCUGCGCCUCUCUGCGAACGAAAAAUGAGUGUGAAGAAAAGAAAGUGCGACUGAUCUUCGCCAAGACACGUGUCGCGCCGAUGAAGACGCUCACGCUCCCACGGUUAGAACUAAUGGGAGCUGUGAUAGGAGUACGAAUUGCCAAUUUCGUCAGAUCGUCGUUGGCGGUGGUAGUAAAAGGUGUGACAUUCUGGACAGACUCUACAAUUGCUUUGAGUUGGAUCAAGGGUGAUGCUACGCGGUGGAGACCGUUUGUACGGAACAGAGUCGUCGAGAUCCAAGUACACAGCGAAGCGAAGCAGUGGAGGCACUGCCCAGGGAGUGAGAACCCAGCCGACGCACUGACAAGAGGACUUACCGUCAAGAAGCUAAUCGACGAGAGGCAAUGGUUCGAAGGUCCCGGCUGGCUAACAUAG